GCCUCUCGUCGGGCCUCACGUCGGGCCUCAUGUCGGGCCGCGCGGGGUCGGGCUGGCGCCGCGGGCGGCUGGGCUCGGCCCCGGCCCCCGGCCGCAGGCGGCUGAAGCCGCUGCGCACGGUGGUGGCGUGGAGGGGCCGGGCGGAGUGGGACCAGGUGAUGGUGGGGCUGUACUGCGGGGACAGCCGGCUGCAGCAGGACGCGCUGGACCGGGUGUCGGCCUGGAAGAGCCGUUAUGGUCAAAAAAUGCCUCUUGCAGUGGAUUGCACUGCAGAACUGAUUCGUUGCAAGGUCCUGGAUUCAUCUGGCAGAUUGAAGUCACACGAGCUCAUCCUCUCUUAUGGGCUGGCUCUUGUAAGGUUUGUCAACUUGAUCACAGAAAGGAAACAGAAGAUGGCCAGCAUUCCUCUGAGACAAUUAGCCAGAGAGGUGGAUAUCCCCAUCUGGGUCGUGGACCUGCGUCACGAGCUGACCCACGGGAAGCUGCCGCGGCUGGCCCUGUGCCGCAAGGGUUGUGAUGUUGUGCUGGACUGGCUACGAAAGACAUAUUGGAGCCGUCAGCUGGGCAAUAACUUGUGUGAAGAAAGUGAGGAUGAGGAUGAGGAAGAGGAGGAAGCAAACACAGAGUUGGGCAAUGAUGCGUGGGAGAUUCAAACCCCGCAGCAUGAGGCCUGUCAGAAACACAAAGAAUUCCACGAAAAAGUCAGAGAUAUUCUGAUAUCUUACAAGAAUGAGCAGUUUCGGGUUAUGCAGACUAUGCAGUCUGCUUCAAAGUCUCGAGAAUUGUGGUCUGAUUCCUCUUCAGAAAUGGAUUGGAUUUUGGCUCAGAUCAAAGACCUGAUGCAGGAAAACAGGGAAUCAGUGGCUGCAGCUCUUCUCAGUGAUGGCUUUCUCAUCCCAAAGAUGGAUUGUCUGAAGUUGCUAAAUAUCAAGUAUGAAGCAAAUAAAGAGGUAUGGCAGUUCAAAAUUCCUCAGACCUUUUACUGCUUUUGGCAACCUUUGCUGACAGGCCUUCUUUCACGAAGUUUUACACAGAUCCUAAUAGAGAAAAUGUUUAUGGAGCUGAAGGAAUGUUCUGACUCUUCAGAACUCAGGCAUCAGUUCUUGAUCAGCUGGAUUUCUGAGUUGCUGACUGGCAUUGCCAAAGUAAAUGCUGGGAAGAAAAGACAGCACUGUAACAAACAGGUGUCGGUGAAGGAGCUGUUCCUCCAUAAAGUUCCUUUGCAGUGGAUAAGACUGACUGACAGUUGCUUGGAAGCUCCCUGCUGGGCAACCCCACAUCUUCUUCAGCUGAUCCUCACAAUCAUGAGACCUCGUUUGUCACGUACUUCUCGGAAGAACCUUCUCUAUCUUGCUUCCAUUUACACAGAAGGAGGUGCCCCUUUGUCCAGUCCAGGCCUCUCUUCAGACAGCAGUGAACAUCCAAUUUACACUAUAGAGAGCUUACAGUGGAGAGUCAGGCAGGAAAAUCAGGUUAAAAAUCAAGGGCAGACUGUAGAGAAAGAAGAUGAUGUGCUGGAGAGAGAUGAUGGUGUAGAGGAAGCGGAGGAGGAGGAAGAAGAGAUGGUAACUGAAACAAAUCCUGUGGAAGGACUGGCUCAUCCUGGUAACAUGGCGGCUGUUGCUGAGAGAAGAGCAGCACUGCAAGGGUCCGCCUGGCAGAUCACUGCAGAUGAAGUACAAUGGAAAGACUUUCCUCUUGGGAAACUCCCAGGUCAGACAGAUGACCCUGAUGGUCUCAUGUUGGAUAAUUAUUCUAUGAUGUCCCUGCUUGAUCAGCCAGUGAGAGAUGAGUGGAAGACUCUCCAUACAAACUCUGCAGAAUUGAAAAUUCAUGGGACAGGAGGAUUGUUAUGGACCCAGAAUGACUUCCAUAAAAUAAAAAGUGGCCUUCAACUUUUCUGAGACAGCAUCAGAGUGCUCUGUGACUUUCAGUAUUGCACAAGUUAAGUGGGAUGGAAGAACUAGUAAUGGUGGUGGGGAAAUAAUUUGUUGUUGUUGUUGUUAUUUACUGAUUUUUACCAUAUAAAAUCAGUGUUUUAUAAAGGUGGUUUAAGUUCCAUGUAUAAUAACCAUUGUCUUGCUUAACCACUGUCAUGAACCUUUAGCUGUAGCUGAUGUUUGCCAAAUACAGUUAAGAGUAGUUUGGAAUCCCUCAAGGUUCCUUAAUUUUUUCAUAGUUAAUAAAUGCAACUGACUUUGAAGACAAA